AUGAUCAAAAUGAAACCACUUGUGAUCCCCUUCUUCUAUGAGAGUUUCUCUCUCUACCGAUCGCGCGGGUAUAGCGUCGAGGACUGCAUCGAACUAGACAAGGACGAAACCAUCGAUGCCAUAACGCAGUCCUUGCGAAAGAAUGGCUUCGAGGUUGUUCCAGUCGGUGACAUGAAGGAACUGGUACAUUGUAUUGCCAGAGGGGAGCACGAGAAGUGGGAUUUGGCAUUUUCGAUCUCCGAGGGAAUGCACGGGGUUGGGCGGGAAGCCCAGAUCCCAGGACUCUUAGAGGCAUACCAGAUUCCGCAUGUGUUUUCCGAUGCGGCAACUUUGUCGUUGUGUUUGGAUAAGGGCAAGACAAAGAUGGUGCUCGAACACAUGGGCAUCCCGACUGCUCCAUUCGCCGUUGUCCCUCCGUCAUGGUCCAUCGAAAAGGGUAUCUCGCAGAUCUUGGAACAAAGUCGCCAUACUGCCGAUCUGAAACAGAUGCCUUUAUUUAUCAAGCCCGCAUGUGAAGGAUCCUCCAAAGGCAUCUAUUCUUUCUCCAAAGUUGAGAGCAUAGAAGAUCUUGAGCAGGGUGUUCAGAAGCUCCAGACUCGGUUCCCGGGACAAAGCAUUUUGAUUGAGAAGUAUCUAGCCGGGCGAGAAUAUACCACCAGCAUUCUGGGAUCCGGGGACUCCGCCCGAGUCAUCGGGACAGUCCACCACGACUGGAGAGGAGUUGCACCACCACCAGGGACGGAAACAGACUACAGUGCGAAGAGCCAAUCUGAUGUCGGCUUUUAUAACUUCCACAACAAGAACAAGCUUCUAGAAGACCCGGUAGAUCGCAUGGCUGACAAGGAGGAUAGCUCUGAAGUUCAGGAAGUAGAGCGCCUCGCCCUGGAAACCUGGCGCAAACUUGAAUGCUGUGAUGUUGGUCGGGUUGAUGUUCGGUGCGGCCUGGAUGGGAGACCAUAUGUUUUGGAGGUGAGUGGCCUGUAUAUGAUGCAUUGGAUUACGUCCUCAAUGGUCUUGGCUGGCGGAUACCGCCCUCCAUCACGGGAUUUCGCAUGA